CUCAUCAACACUCACCAUGAAGAACACACUCUCCUUAUUACUGAUACUACUCAGCUUCAGCAGUGUGAAAUGUGAAAGUAUGGAAUCUUUACAAACUGCAGUUCAGCUAAAACCUGGAGAAACUCUGAGUCUCUCUUGUAGAGGAUCUGGAUUUAGCUUUGGAGACUACGGCAUGAACUGGAUCAGACAACAGGCUGGAAAACCGCUGGAGUGGAUGGGAUAUGUUUAUACUGAUGGAAGUGACAAUGACUACUCAAAGCCUUUUGAAGGAAGAACUGAAAUCACCAAAGACAAUUCCAACAGCAUGGUGUAUCUGAAACUGUCUGGUGUGACAGUAGAGGACUCAGCUGUGUAUUACUGUGCAAGAGACACACAGUGA